AUUUGAUAUGAAUAUGAUAAAUUGAUAGUUGUUUAUAUGGUGGAAACGUAAAUCUACAGUAAGAUUUUUUUGUUGAGUUGACUUUUCAGCAAAUUUGGCAUCUGGGUGUUGGGUCUUUUUCUAGGAAACUAGCUGUUUGUGUGUUUGGCUAUAAAAGCUGUGUCUGUUUGGUUGCUGAGAAAAUGUGGUUUAGGAAAGAGCAUGGGGCUAGAAGUAUAGAUUUUCCAUAAUCUGGGCCAGGCGAUUUAUGGGUUGGCCUUUGGUUGAGUCUGCACGAAUCAAGAGAUGGGCCCUUUUACCCUACAUUGUGCCCGUUGACUGUUGAUGGUGGACUUUUGUUGGAGAUUUUCCUUCACGCUGAGGGGUUUUCCACGUUAAUUGUCGUGUUCUUGUGUGAUUAUUUGGUGUUCCAUUCUGUUUGAUUCGCAGUUAUCAGUAUUAUUACAUUACCACAGUCGGGGAGACCUUUAUUUGUCGAUUAUUCAAUUUCCUGGGAGAAUUUGAGGAAUGAUAAAUUGAUGGGGAGCAAAGGAAACUGGUUUUCUUCAGUGAAGAAAGCUUUCAGCCCGGAGUCUAAGAAAAAGAAAGACCAGAAAUCAAAUAAAUCGAAGAAGAAAUGGUUCGGGAAGGAAAAACCGGAUGCUGUGGGUGCUCCAUCUUCAGAAACCGUCACGGUGCCUCAUCCUGUUCCUUCACCAGAAGAGGAGAAAUUAACAGAAUUGGAGGAUCGGCAAACUAAACAUGCUUACUCUGUUGCAGUUGCCACUGCUGCAGCAGCUGAGGCUGCAGCUGCAGCUGCUGAAGCUACUGCAGCAGUUGUUCGACUCACUUCUGCGGCUCAGUUAACAGGGAGAUCGAAAGAGGAAGUGGCAGCGAUCAAAAUUCAAACAGCGUUCCGUGGAUACCUGGCAAGGAGGGCAUUGAGGGCUUUGAGAGGGCUUGUCAGGCUGAAAUCAUUGGUAGACGGGCCUACUGCUAAACGCCAAACUGUGAAUGCUUUAAAAUGCAUGCAAACUGUAGGUCGCGUGCAAUAUCAGAUCCAGUAUAGAAGGAUCCGAAUGUCCGAGGAGAACCAGGCUUUCCAGAGACAGCUCCUUCAGAAACGUGCUAGAGAACUGGCGACUGUGCAGAUUGGGACAGAAUGGGAUUACAGCCUGCAGUCCAAAGAACAGAUUGAAGCAAGUCUACUGGGCAAGUAUGAGGCAACCAUGAGAAGAGAAAGAGCAUUAGCCUAUUCUUUCUCUCAUCAGCAAACCUGGAAGAAGUCUGCAAGAUCUGCAACUCUGAUGUUCAUGGACCCAAGCAAUCCUCACUGGGGUUGGAGUUGGUUAGAACGAUGGAUGGCAGCCCGUCCAUGGGAGCCCCCUGGCACAAACCUGAAAGAACUCAACCACGACCAAUCAUCUGUGAAAAGCGCCAGCCUCAGCACGGGUGGGGAAAUCACCAAAGCUUAUGCUCGUCACCUACUCAAUGCUGACAAGCCUUCCCCGGCUUCCAGCAAAAAGGCAAGUCGAUCUUCUAACCACCGGUCCCCUUCAACUCCCACAGCCAAGGCAUCAUCUUCAACUACAGCGAGGAAGGCGAAGCCAGCAAGCCCCAGAGGGAGUCUAUUCAGCCCAGAUGGCGAUGCCAGGAGUGUAUUCAGCCUGCAGUCAGAAAGGAACAGGAGGCAUAGCAUUGCGGGCUCCUCAGUCAGGGACGAUGAGAGCCUUGCCAGCUCGCCAGCAUUUCCAAGUUACAUGGCAGCCACUCAGUCUGCGAAAGCCAAAUCGCGGAUGCAAAGCCCAUUGGGCUUGGAGAACUGGACACCAGACAAGGAACCAGCUGGAGGUGCAAAGAAGCGGCUGUCUUUCCCAGCCUCCCCGGCUAGGCCAAGGCGGCAUUCUGGUCCCCCAACUGUUGACACCGGCUCCAUUGCUGCCACCAUCGCCAGAAAUGGAGCAGCCAGUUGAUUGUUUCUGAUAAGCUGCCUGGUAACUUACCAGAUCA